AUGGAUAGAAUUUUAACUUGGAAUGUUCGGGGGAUUAACAGUCAACAUAAGCACAGAGAGAUUAAACAGUUAAUUCAGUCAAAGAAGGUUGGCUUGGUUAGUCUUCUCGAGACAAAAGUGAAGAAUAAAAAUAUGGGGUCUAUUUACAUGAAUCUGUUUUCUGGAUGGUGUUUCACAAAUAAUAACCCUUGGAUUGAUAAGGGUAGGAUAAUAAUUGCUUGGAAUCCGAGUGCCUUUACUUUGGAUAUCAAGCUAUGUACAACACAAUUAAUCCACUGUCAAGUACAGGUCCCUAAUCGAACAGGAAGUUUCUUGAUUACUUUUGUAUAUGGGUAUAAUGAUGCAGCAUCUAGGGAGAGCCUUUGGAAUGAUUUACAAAGUUUGGCUGGGAGUAUAUCUGUCCCUUGGCUGGUGGUUGGCGACUUCAAUGAGAUAUUAUCCAUGCAUGACAGAAUAGGCAAAAAAACUUCUAUGAAGUUCUCAAGUAAAUUUUCAGAUUGUCUGUCAGCUUGUCAUCUGGAAGAUUUGAAGUUCUCUAGAUGUUACUAUACAUGGAAUAAUAAGCAGAGAGCAGAUGAGAGGGUUUAUUCCAAAAUCGAUAGAGCUUUAGUGAAUUCAAAUUGGACUGAUCAGUUUCCUAACUCAGAGGCUGUAUUUUUUCCAGAAGGGAUCUUUGAUCAUUGUCCAAUCCUUGUUCAUGUCACGUUGGAAUUGCAGAUGGAAAAGAAGCCAUUUCGUUAUUUUCGUAUGUGGAAAGAAGCACCCUGUUAUGACAAUAAACUUAAGGCAAAUUGGGAAUUAUCAGUGGAUGGCACACCAAUGUUCCAGCUGGUGUCAAAACUAAAAAGGUUAAAGCAGGUGCUCAAGAACAUCAAUAGAGAAGGUUUUUCUGAUAUUCAACAGUUGGAAUUCAAGGCAGGAAUUGUAUUGAAGGAGACUCAGGAGCAGCUACAAAAAGAGCCAUUAAAUGACAGAUUGAUUUCUUAG